AUGGAACCUCGCGUCGGCAAUAAGUUUCGUCUUGGCCGGAAGAUCGGUAGUGGCUCCUUCGGGGAGAUCUAUCUUGGUACUAAUAUACAGACGAACGAAGAGGUUGCAAUUAAACUCGAAAAUGUCAAGACGAAGCAUCCUCAGUUGCUUUACGAGUCUAAGUUGUACAGAAUUCUUCAGGGAGGAACUGGGAUACCUAAUGUAAGAUGGUUUGGAGUCGAGGGAGACUACAAUGUUCUUGUAAUGGAUUUGCUUGGUCCCAGCCUUGAAGAUCUUUUUAACUUCUGUAGCAGAAAGCUUUCAUUGAAGACAGUUCUUAUGCUUGCAGAUCAAAUGAUCAAUCGUGUUGAGUUUGUCCACUCUAAAUCCUUUCUACACCGAGAUAUUAAGCCGGACAAUUUUCUGAUGGGGCUUGGAAGGCGUGCAAAUCAGGUUUACAUCAUUGAUUUUGGUCUUGCUAAGAAGUACAGAGAUAGUUCUACCCAUCAACACAUUCCCUACAGAGAAAAUAAGAACUUGACUGGGACUGCAAGAUAUGCUAGCAUGAACACCCAUCUUGGGAUAGAGCAAAGUCGAAGGGAUGACUUGGAGUCCCUUGGUUAUGUCCUUAUGUAUUUCUUAAGAGGAAGUCUUCCCUGGCAGGGACUGAAAGCAGGCACUAAAAAACAGAAGUAUGAGAAGAUUAGUGAGAAAAAAGUUUCUACAUCCAUUGAGGCAUUAUGCCGUGGAUAUCCAUCAGAGUUUGCAUCAUACUUCCAUUACUGCCGAUCACUACGUUUUGAUGAUAAGCCAGAUUAUGCUUAUCUGAAAAGAAUAUUUCGUGAUCUAUUUAUUCGUGAAGGUUUCCAGUUUGAUUAUGUGUUCGACUGGACCAUCUUAAAGUAUCAGCAGUCGCAGCUGGCCACUCCUCCAACACGCGCCCUAGGGGCGGGUGCUGGAACCAGUUCUGGAAUUCCUCCUGGUAUUGCAAAUCCUGAUAGACAGACAGGCGGAGAGGAGGCACAACUAGCUGGGAUGUCUUUGAUGGAUUCAUCUCGGCGGAGGGCAUCCGGUUUGACUAUGAACUCUGGGACUUUUGCUAAACAGAAAAGCCCAAUUGCCAAUGAUACUGCAGCAGUUCCUAAGGACGGUGUGUUUUCAGGACCCAAUAUAGUGGGACGAUCAAGUGGAUCAUCAAGACGUGCUGCAGUCUCGAGCAGCCGAGACCCAUAUGUGGGAAGUGAAGCGGAUCCACACCGAUCUUCAAGAACGAGGGAUGCUAGUCCUGGGGCAUUGCACAAGAGCAUGAGUGCACAAAGAAGCCCACCAGUUGGACCUGCGGAUCCAAAGAGGAGUGCGUCUGGAAGGCACACAGGACAUGGACAUGUAAAGAACUACGACUCUGCUUUGAAAGGGAUCGAAGGACUUCAGUUGGAGAACGAUGAGAGGGUGCAUUAUUAA